CCGUCACAAUCCCAUCAGAGUUGACCCCAUGAGCAGCAGCAAGCGCCCAGCAGCGGCCUCGCCGACGGUACUGCAUCUGGACCACGUCCUCACCGCUAUCGUCCAGUGCAUGGUUGCCGCCAAGGACGUCAAGACCUUCCUUGCUGCGCUCCCACCCUCGGCACGUAGAGGCACGCAUCUGGCCGCGCUCCACGACCUCCUUCAGGCCCCGCAGCGCCAUGUCCUUGCAACUGAGCCAAGGCCGCUCGACGCACUCUGGCCAGUGCUACGACUCGGCGCGAUCACACCUGUAGCCACCAGUCUGGUGCGUCACGCGAUGCCGGUCUUUACCGCUGCCAGCGUCCACUGUGGCCUUGACGACGUGCCCACGCCGAUGGGUCUUGAUGCCUUUGAGUGGCUUCAUCUGUGGCGCAUGACGAUCACGCAGUACAAACACACUGGUGGGGCGUACGACCUCGGUCGCCUCUGCAGUCUCUUGGGCCAGUGUCGGAACCUCAAGGUCCUUGACGUGGGUGGUGCAAUCGGUGGCCAAGCGAUCCUCGAAGCCGUCACGACGUCCGCGCACUGCGUCCGCUCCAUCACGGGCAUCAGUCUGAGCGCUGGAUCCAUCGCGUCCGUGGACCGCUGGCUUGCCUCUGGUCACGCCGAGCACUUGGAUUUGACGAGCCCGACCGAGAAUGACGCAGCGGAUCGUGGGACACUGAGUGCGAUGCUCCUCAAGACCAACAUGCUCUCGAGCCUCACGCUACGUGACUUUGUGCCCGGGACCCUUGCGUCGCUCGUGGCUGUUGCGCCGUCGUUUGAUCGUCUAAGAUGCUUGGAUGUCUCGAUCGGCCGCACGGAUGUGCCAGUACUGCUGCAGUUUCUGCGGCAGCUCCACGGUCAGCAGCUUUGCUCGCUCAAGCUCAGCUGCCAUGGCGCCAGCCUCACCGAACUCGUGGAAGCACUGACGUCGUUUCCAGCGCUUGAAGAGCUGGAACUGUCCGACGGCUAUCUCGGUGGGCGGCCACCUGUAACGGUGUUGCCACUGACGCUACGGCGCGUCACGCUUCGUCGCGUCCUAGUCACCAAAGCGGCAUGGGAGACGCUUACAUUCGGCUUGUCUCGUGCGCACGUUCUUACGGAGCUCUCGUGGGUCUCGUGCCGACGACUACAACCGUCCGUGUUCAAGGCCAUCGCAACGUCGUUGCCCAACUGGAUCCGUCGCGGUAUCCGAAACAUCACGUUGGACGACUGCGACCUUGAUGACGACGGUGCGUCAGCGAUUGCGAGGGUGCUGCGUGAGACGACGAGCCAAUCCGGUGUCAGCAUUGUUCUACGCCGUGUCUUCUUGUCGGUACAAAAUUACGUGGCACUCGGAGACGCACUUACGACGUGCCGCGGCAUCUCGAUCGUGCUACCGUCAAUCGACAGCGAGGUGUUUCGCGCCGAGGCGACGAAGCGCCGCAUCACGUACCAUGUCGACAAUCGCAAGGACCGCCUCGUACUCGAGAGUGCCGCGGAGAGCGUCGAAGCGUAGUAACGUUGUUAAACUAUCUUGAUUGUUGCGUCACUA